UUGGCUUUCCGAGUUGUGAAACUGUGGACAGAAAGUUGAGGAAGAAAGAACUCAAGUACAACCCAAUGACGUUGAGAUAUAGGCUACUCUUCCCAACUCAGUCUUGAAGAGUAUCACCAACUGCCUCAUGUGUGGUGACCUUCACUGUCAUAUGCCAGUGACUCAUCUGGAGUAAUCUCAACAACCAGUUACCAAUACUUGCUCUUGAUUGAUAAACAGAAUGGGGUUUUGGAUCUUAGCAAUUCUCACAAUUCUCAUGUAUUCCACAGCAGCAAAGUUUAUUAAACAAUCAUGGGGCCUGGAAAAUGAGGCUUUAAUUGUAAGAUGUCCUAGACAAGGAAAACCUAGUUACACCGUGGAUUGGUAUUACUCACAAACAAACAAAAGUAUUCCCACUCAGGAAAGAAAUCGUGUGUUUGCCUCAGGCCAACUUCUUAAGUUUCUACCAGCUGAAGUUGCUGAUUCUGGUAUUUAUAUCUGUAUUGUCAGAAGUCCCACAUUCAAUAGGACUGGAUAUGCGAAUGUCACCAUAUAUAAAAAACAAUCAGAUUGCUAUGUUCCAGAUUAUUUGAUGUAUUCAACAGUAUCUGGAUCAGAAAAAACUUCCAAAAUUUAUUGUCCUACCAUUGACCUCUACAAUUGGACAGCACCUCUUGAGUGGUUUAAGAAUUGUCAGGCUCUUCAAGGAUCAAGGUACAGGGCGCACAAGUCAUUUUUGGUCAUUGAUAAUGUGAUGACUGAGGACGCAGGUGAUUACACCUGUAAAUUUAUACACAAUGAAAAUGGAGCCAAUUAUAGUGUGACGGCGACCAGGUCCUUCACGGUCAAGGAUGAGCAAGGCUUUUCUCUGUUUCCAGUAAUCGGAGCCCCUGCACACAAUGAAAUAAAGGAAGUGGAAAUUGGAAAAAACGCAAACCUAACUUGCUCUGCUUGUUUUGGAAAAGGCACUCAGUUCUUGGCUGCCGUCCUGUGGCAGCUUAAUGGAACAAAAAUUACAGACUUUGGUGAACCAAGAAUUCAACAAGAGGAAGGGCAAAAUCAAAGUUUCAGCAAUGGGCUGGCUUGUCUAGACAUGGUUUUAAGAAUAGCUGACGUGAAGGAAGAGGAUUUAUUGCUGCAGUACGACUGUCUGGCCCUGAAUUUGCAUGGCUUGAGAAGGCACACCGUAAGACUAAGUAGGAAAAAUCCAAUUGAUCAUCAUAGCACCUACUGCAUAAUUGCAGUAUGUAGUGUAUUUUUAAUGCUAAUCAAUGUCCUGGUUAUCAUCCUAAAAAUGUUCUGGAUUGAGGCCACUCUGCUCUGGAGAGACAUAGCUAAACCUUACAAGACUAGGAAUGAUGGAAAGCUCUAUGAUGCUUAUGUUAUCUACCCACGGAACUACAAAUCCAGUACAGAUGGGGCCAGUCGUGUAGAGCACUUUGUUCACCAGAUUCUGCCUGAUGUUCUUGAAAAUAAAUGUGGCUAUACCUUAUGCAUUUAUGGGAGAGAUAUGCUACCUGGAGAAGAUGUAGUCACUGCAGUGGAAACCAACAUACGAAAGAGCAGGCGGCACAUUUUCAUCCUGACCCCUCAGAUCACUCACAACAAGGAGUUUGCCUACGAGCAGGAGGUUGCCCUGCACUGUGCCCUCAUCCAGAACGACGCCAAGGUGAUACUUAUUGAGAUGGAGGCUCCGAGCGAGCUGGACAUGCUGCAGGCUGAGGCGCUUCAGGACUCCCUCCGGCAUCUUAUGAAAGUACAGGGGACCAUCAAGUGGAGGGAGGACCACAUUGCCAAUAAAAGGUCCCUGAAUUCAAAAUUCUGGAAGCACGUGAGGUACCAAAUGCCUGUGCCAAGCAAAAUUCCCAGAAAGGCCUCUAGUUUGACUCCCUUGGCUGCCCAAAAGCAAUAGUGCCUGCUGUGAUGUGCAAAGGCAUCUGAGUUUGAAGCUUUCCUGACUUCUCCUA